AUGGCAUCAAAAUCCGAAAUAAUAUCAGAAACGGUUCACGCUAGCGAGAUAUUCGCUUGCCCGAAAUGUAAAAUUAAAAGGGAUGUUGGAUCUUUUUGUAAAGAAUGCACUCCGAAUGAAUUAGUAGCAAACUUCGACAAAUGGUCAAGCGGGGAUGAAAAAAUUGACGAACUUAUUCGCGAAUCACAAAAAAAUGCCACAAGAUAUGACAACUACCUAAAGUGGUUCCCUUAUGAAUGUCUUGAAGAAUUUAAAGAGAUCGCUAGGGGAGGCUUCGGAAUCAUCUAUCAUGCAAAAUGCGAGGUCCAAUGGAGAGGAUGUAAACCACAGCUAUCUGAUGUUGCCCUGAAAAAAAUUAAAAAAGCACCUGAAGUGUCUUCUGAUUUCUUUCAGGAAGUUAGAACAUUUUAUCAAUGUUGCCAAAAAAGAAGCCAUGAUAUCGGAAUCAUUCGUAUAAUCGGAAUUUCCAAAGACCCCGAAGACGGUCAAUAUAUGUUGAUGAUGGAUUACGCAGCUCACGGCUCACUUCGUUCUUUUCUCAAAAAAUUUUAUUCUAAACUUAAUUGGAAAACGGUCAUCAAAUUUGUUAAAUCUAUAUGCGAGGAACUCCAUAGUCAAUCUAAUGUCAAGGUUGCGAACAAGAACACUGUUGGUGAGCAAUCCCUUGCGGCUGAUCCUGAUAAAAUAAAAAGUGUAAUUACAUGUUUAAUUACAACAG